GAAAGUGAAAUCAGCAACGGGGGGAGGGGAGGCGCUGGUCUGUGCAGGAGCUGCCGCUGCUCGGCUCUGUGCCUGCCCAUCCCGCAGCCCGCCCGAGCCCGGAGCCCCCAUGUCCCACAGGCGGGGAGCGCGGGAGAAGGCGGAGGCCGCCCCCGCCCAGAGGCACAGCCACAAGCGACCCAGGAGCCAGCGCGAGCCCCCGGCUGGCAGCAGCGGGGGCUGCAGGGCGCUGGAGCGGCAUGAGCAGAAGAGGAAGAAGCGGGAGGUGCAGCAGAUCCAGCAAAUCCAGCACCUGGAGUCCUUCUAUGAGAAACCUCCUCCAGGGCUAAUUAAGGAAGAUGAAACUAAGCCAGAAGACUGCAUACCUGAUGUACCAGGCAAUGAACAUGCCCGAGAAUUCCUGGCUCAUGCCCCAACUAAAGGACUCUGGAUGCCAUUAGGAAAAGAAGUCAAAGUUAUGCAGUGUUGGAGAUGUAAACGUUAUGGACACAGAACAGGAGAUAAAGAAUGCCCAUUCUUUAUUAAAGGCAAUCAGAAAUUGGAACAAUUCAGAGUAGUAAGUAAAAAUAUUAUAGUAUUGGUUGUAUUUUUCAUUAAUGAUGAUGAUGGCUUAUCUUGCAAGUGAAAAGAAGUCUGUUAG